AUGGAACAAGUAAACAAAAUUUUACAGGAUCUCACUCAUCGCACCAAAAAUAUGCCAGUUCUCAAAGACAUUUCUGCCAAGACUGGCUUAGAAACAGGGCAAAUAGCUGCUGGUGCUGGAGUUCUUUUACUCCUUUGCAUGCUUUUUGGAUUAGGGGCAGCUCUAAUAACAGAUGCAAUCGCCAUCCUUUAUCCAGCAUAUAUGUCAUUUAAAGCAAUAGAAUCAGCUGAAACUGACGACGACAAACAGUGGCUGACCUAUUGGGUUGUGUUUGCCCUUUUCAAAGUUAUCGAUGACUGGUCUGAAAUUCUGUUUUCCUGGCUACCCUUUUAUUACCCUAUUAAGCUUGCCUUCUUAGUUUUCUUGUUUGCACCACAGACACGUGGAGCUUUGAAAAUAUAUGAAACUGCUAUAAGGCCAAUUCUCCAGAAGCACAUGAAAGAUAUUGAUGAAGGCAUUGACCGUGCUGUCGAUAUCGGGGCAAAGGUGGCUGCAGUAGCUAAAGAGGAAGCUAUUAAACAAGGCACGAAUAUGGUGAUUAAGAAUAUGACCCAGACCCAACAGCAAAGUACUAAUUAA